AUGGCAUUACGUUGGAGUAGUGAGCUUCAUAGUGAAGAACAUAAAGAUUUGCAGGCGUCGACUAUGGCAAUGGAUCGUAACGGUGAUAACAUUCUUUUGGCGGGAAAACGUCACAUAGCCAUUAAAAAUCUAAAUAGGUUUUCUCAACCUUUAAAAAAAUACUCUAAAAAUAGUAAAUAUGAUGUGGGUAGAGCCGAGUGGAAUCCGACCGCAUUGAAUGGUCACUUUUGUUCAAUUUCAAUUAAUCAAAAGAUUGAAAUAUUUUCAUGGAAAGAAACAGAUUUGGAUCUUUUUCACGUUUUGAAAUUUCACACUAGAUUAAUUUGCGAUUUAAAUUGGCAUCAAUUCGAUCCAAAUUUACUUGCGAGUGCUUCAGCAGAUUCUUUUACUUAUGUGUGGGAUUUGAGAGAUUUAAGGAGACCAUGUAUAUCAUUUUCAGCCAUUGCUGCUGCAAAUCAUGUUCGUUGGAAUAAGUUAACAGCUUAUCUCUUAGCUACAGCUCAUGACGGAGAUAUAAGAAUUUGGGAUCAAAGGAAAGGUACUGCACCUGUUCAAUAUUUGUCGCCACAUGUAGCAAAAAUUCAUGAUUUAGACUGGAGUCAAACUCACGAGUUUCAAUUAGCUUCAUGUAGUCAAGAUGGAACUGUUAAAUUCUUUGAUGUAACCAAUCCAAACUGUGCUGAGAGUGUUAUUCAAACCGCUUCUCCAGUUUGGAGAGCCAGGUAUACUCCAUUCGGAGAAGGUCUUGUUACUGUUGUUAUCCCGUUAUCUCAAAGAGGAGAAAAUGGAUUAUUAUUGUGGAAUCUCUCCAAUCUUUCCAUACCGGUUCAUACUUUUGUCGGUCACACAGAUAUCAUUUUAGAAUUCGAAUGGAGAAAAAAUAGAAAUGAAAUAUCAGAUUAUCAACUGGUGACGUGGUCAAAAGAUCAAAGUUUAAGAGUUUGGAAAAUUGAACCCUUCUUACAAAAACUUUGCGGUUAUGAUUUGGAUAGGGAUAGUUUAGGUUUAGCAGAAGAAUUAAAUUCUGAAGGGAAUAACGUUGAUAUCGAACUUUCAAGUCAAGAUCCUAAAGAAUUUAGCGCGGUCGAAACGAUUAUACCAGCCGUUGAGGCAAUGAACGAAAUUUCAUUUAGUAAUUUUGAUUAUUUUCAAUAUCCGGACAAAUAUUAUUUUUCAUCAUCGAAUCCGUCUAAAAGUCUCGAAUUGGAAUUUUCACUUUUAACAGCGAAUUUUACGAAUUUACCGAAUGUUAAAUUUGAAGAAAUGAAUGUUUUAGACAGGAUUUGCAUCGUUACCGUUAUUGUUAAUUCGUACACCGUAACUCUCAAAAUAACGUUUCCUUCGAGUUAUCCCACCAAUGCUGCACCUUCGUUUCAACUUGAUGAUAGUUCUCCAAUGGAUGAUAUGUUGAAGACUAAAAUCCUUAGGCUUUUGAAACAAACAGCUCAACAACGUGUUAAAAAAAAUCGAAUUUGCCUCGAGAGUUGUUUGAAUCAACUCAUAACGACUCUGGAACAUUCUGUACAAAUACAAGAAAUCGAAAGUAAAUCACCUUCCAGAGUGCCUACCAUAGGAAGCGCAGAAGCUCAAUUACUUCCUACCAAUUCUUUUUUUUACGAAGCAAUGCACGACAUUCACAUUCCUUAUCCGAAAACGUGCGGAGCAAGAUUUUGCAGCGUCGAUAAAUUAGUAUGUUUUUACCAAUCAUCCUUCGCUAGGAAAAUGAUUACCAGACCCGAUACGCCAACACCAAGAUCAUUUUCUGCCGUUGUUGGAAACGUAACCGUGUCUUCAGUUCCACAUUCUAUGAUUUACAUGUUGCAAAAUUCCACAGGACAGGACGUGACCGAUGGCUCCGUGUCUUGUUUCAUACAAGAAAGAAAUUUAAACAGACCGAGGACAUUGCGUAACGUGAAUUUCCCCAUCGUGAACGGGUCGCAAAUUAAAUCUUUGAAAAAUGUUACCAUAUACGAUUGUUCGAAGCUUUUUUUUACCAAUAAAGAAUUGGCAGAAAAAUACGUACUCGAUUUGCAAAACAUAACAAAAAUGUGUAACAGGAAUGCAGAGGUCGCCGAAGAAAUGGGUCGGCCUGAUCUUGUACAAGUUUGGAUUUUAGUCGGUUUGAUCGGUUCAUCGAUUUCGUUCAAAAACAAUUCCGAGGAUGACAUGCAAUGGUUUUACCAUCCAUUUUUCAAAUCGCAAAUAGAAUACCUAAUCAUGCACUAUGCCAAAAUGUCGGACAUUCAAACAGCGGCCAUGCUUUCGUGCAUAUUUGCACCGUGUAAACCCGAACAGAAGGAUAAUAAUUUUAAUAAAAGUUAUAACAAAACAGGAAACGUGACGCCCGGAGGAUCUCCCUACCACACCAUUCAUCCCAUCGAUACAACUUCGGAUGAUUGGACGUGUGGUAGAGUCCAGUCGACGAGACACAACAGAUCGAAUUCUUGGUCCGAUUCUUUGGACGAUUUGAAAGCCAUCAUCAUCAACACGUUCGAAUGUGCAAACGACAGCACGAGCAACGACAGAAGUAAGUUUUUAAACGAGAAAAACGCCGGCAUUUACGACGAGUUGAAAAGACAUUACGCGGACAUAUUGCACAGAUGGAACCUGUUGGAAUCGAGAACGCAAGUCGGAAAAUUUUUACAACACCCGAAAGAUUCGAUAAAAUUAAUGGAAUUUUUAAUGGAGUGUCAACAGUGUAAAAAACCCAUAACGCGUCCGCCAUAUUGUUCUUCAUGUAAGAAAAUCGUUUUGAGGUGUUCGGUUUGCAGGAUUUUAGUCAGAGGCACGUUUAUUAUUAUUAUUAUUAUUGUAUUAAUUGGUUCGUCGAAUUUUUGUUUUGCAUGCGGUCACGGAGGGCACGCCAAACACAUUUUUGCUUGGUUCAGUACGGAAAAUUAUUGUCCGACGAAUUGCGGUUGCAGGUGUGCGUCGGAUCAUUUAAAUUGUUUCGAAUGUUAG